GAAGCGGCGAGUCUCCAUGGCGGCGGCGGCGGCGGCGGCUGCAAGGCCGGUGUUCUGGAGGCGCCUGCUGGGCCUCCUGCCUGGCCGCCCCGGGCUGGCUGCGCUCCUGGGGCGCCUGUCCGACCGCCUUGGCAGAAACCGGGACCGCCGGCGGAGGAGGUCACCAUGGCUGUUGGCUCCGCUGCUGUCCCCAGCCGUCCCCCAGGUCCCCUCGCCUCCCUGCUGCCUGUGUCCAGAGGGCGUGCAUCGCUUCCAGUGGAUCAGAAGCCUGGUUCCAGAGUUUGGGGUCUCCAGCUCUCACGUCAGGGUGCUUGCUUCGCCAGCAGAGUUUUUUGAGCUCAUGAAGGGGCAGAUAAGAGCAGCCCAGCGGCGAGUGGUGAUGGCGUCUCUCUACCUGGGGACGGGCCCUUUGGAGCAGGAACUGGUGGAUUGCCUGGAAAGCACUCUAGAGAAGUCACUCCAAGCGAAGUUUCCUUCUGAUCUCAAGGUGUCCAUUCUCUUAGACUUCACGCGGGGCUCACGAGGAAAGAGGAACUCGCGCACGAUGCUGCUCCCGCUCCUGCAGAGGUUCCCGGAGCGGGUCCGGGUCUCCCUCUUCCACACGCCUAACCUGCGGGGGCUCUUCCGGCUCCUCCUCCCCGAGCGCCUCAAUGAGACCAUCGGCCUCCAGCACAUCAAGGUGUACCUCUUCGACGACAGCGUCAUCCUGAGCGGUGCAAACCUGAGUGACUCCUACUUCACCAACCGGCAGGACCGCUACGUGUUCUUGCAAGACUGUCCCGAGAUUGCAGACUUCUUCACGGAGCUGGUGGACGCGGUGGGGGACGUGUCCCUGCAGUUGCAGGGGGACGACACGGUGCAGGUGGUGGAGGGGAUGGUGCAUCCGUACAAAGGUGACCGGGCUGCCUAUUGCAAGGCGGCCAACAAGAGGGUCAUGGACGUGAUCAACUCGGCCAGGGCCCGCCAGCAGCGGCUGCACGCCCAGACCUUCCACGGUGACUCCCUCUGGGCCCAGGAGGACGCGGCGGCCUCUGGUGACCGGAGGCCGGCCCUUGACACCUGGAUCUACCCCCUGAUCCAGAUGAAGCCCUUUGCGAUUCAGAUCGACGAGCUCGUCACCGAGACCCUGCUGACGGAGGCCGAGCGGGGCGCCAGGGUCUACCUCACCACCGGCUACUUCAACCUGACCCAGGCCUACAUGGACCUGGUCUUGGGCACGCGGGCCGAGUACCAGAUCCUGCUGGCCUCGCCGGAGGUGAACGGCUUCUUCGGGGCCAAGGGGGUGGCGGGCGCCAUCCCGGCCGCCUACGUGCACAUCGAGCGGCAGUUCUACAGCGAGGUGCGCAGCCUGGGGCAGCAGGAGCGGGUCCAGCUGCAGGAGUACUGGCGGAGGGGCUGGACGUUUCACGCCAAAGGCCUCUGGCUCUACCUGGCAGGGAGCAGCCUGCCCUCUCUCACGUUGAUUGGCUCUCCUAAUUUUGGGUACAGGUCAGUGCACCGGGACCUGGAGGCCCAGAUCGCCAUCGUGACGGAGAGCCGGGCCCUGCAGCAGCAGCUUCACCAGGAGCAGGAGCAGCUCUACCUGAGGUCGGGGGUGGUGUCCUCCGCCACCUUUGAGCAGCCGAGCCGGCAGGUGCAGCUGUGGGUGAAGAUGGUGACGCCGCUGAUUAAGAACUUCUUCUGAGGACCCGGCAGGUUAAAGGUCCAGACGUAGGUGGGGCCGCGGACGCGUGUUUUGUACACGGGACACUCAUAGACGUUCUUGGUCUCCAUGCGGUCCGCAGGGACGGCCUUGAUGAAGACGACCGGCAUGGCGGGCGUCAGCUCCUUCAGCCGCGCUUCGGCGAUGGCACCGGUCUGCGUGUCCCAGCGAGCCCCUGCAGGGACAGCACGGCCGAGGGGCCCGAGGUGAGGCGGCUGCUUCCCCGCCGUUGUGCUGGCAGUGAGUAGGGGAGGGGCCUGGGCCUGCACCGCGCCCUCGGCUCCACCCGUUUACAGGGGUGGGGCUUCCCGCGCCUCACGUGACAGCACAUGGUUACCCCGCUGGAAGUGCCAGCGGGCAGCGCCCGCCCCGUGCAAAUCAACAGCUCUGCACCCAGGCCUGCUGGGGCCUCUCACCAGACUCUUCCUACUCCCCCUGUCGAGUGAGGCUUCUCUGUCCCGUCUCUAAUUCCAUAAUAAACAUGGAGAAGGCC